UCCGCGAGCUAUAAGAUUAUCGCAGUCCCUCCAUUGCAGCCUUCCUGUGCUUCUGCUCGCCACGCUUCGACGCUACUGUCGUGCAUCCAGUCACUCCUUUCACUACAUCCAACUGCUAACCCACGCUCCUUUCAUCCAUCAAAAUGUUCUUCAACCGCCUGGUCGGCUUUGCCGCCACGGCCGUCUCUGUCGCCAGUGCCGUCGACUUGACUGGCUACGAGUAUGUCGUUGUCGGCUCCGGUGCCGGCGGUGGCCCCGUUGCUGCCCGCCUUGCCAUGGCCGGCCACAAGACUCUGCUGCUUGAGGCCGGUGACGACCAGGGCGCCAACGUCAACUACACCGUUCCCGCCUACUCUGCCCGGUCCUCCGAGGACGAGGCUCUCGCGUGGAACUUCUUCGUCCGCCACUACAAGGACGACGUCCGCCAAGCUCGCGACUUCAAGACCAGCUACCAGACCCCUGAUGGCAGCAUCUACACCGGCCUCAACCCGCCAGCUGGCUCGACCAUGCUCGGCACGUUGUACCCCCGUACCGGCUCUCUCGGCGGCUGCACCGCUCACAACGCCCUUAUUGCCGUGUACCCCCACCGCUCCGACUUUGAGUACAUCCGUGAGCUGACCGGCGACGACUCGUGGGCUGCCGACAACAUGCGCACCUACUUCACCAAGCUCGAGAAGAACCAGUACCUCCUGCCGGGUGUCGAGGGGCAGGGUUACAACGGCUGGCUCGAGACCGAGACCGCUCCCCUCUCCAUCCCGCUGGGCGACCCCUCGCUCCUCAGCGUCCUCACUGGCGGUGCCUUUGCCCUUGGCAACCUGACCCAGAACAUCUUCAACCUCGCCACCCUGCUCGCCGGCAACGCCAAUGCCGACAGUGUCGAGCGCGACACCAAGCCCGGCUUCUUCCAGAUUCCUCUCUCCACCAACGACGGCCACCGCACCGGCUCCCGCGAGUUCGUUCUGGCGGUUGCCAACGCGGUCAACGACGAUGGCUCCAAGAUGUUCCCCCUCGACCUCAAGAUGAACACCCACGUCACCAAGGUCACCUUCGACCAGACCGUCACCCCUCCUCGUGCCAACGGUGUUGAGUUCCUUGAGGGCCAGUACCUCUACCGUGCCAGCCCCCGCUCCAAGAACGCCGGCACCGGUGUUGCUGGUACUGCCACUGCCUCCCGCGAGGUCAUCGUCGCCGGUGGUGUCUACAACUCUCCCCAGCUCCUCAAGCUGAGCGGUGUCGGCCCUGCUGCUGAGCUGCAGUCCUUUGGCAUUCCUGUCAUCUCCGACCUGCCCGGCGUCGGUACCAACCUCCAGGACCACUACGAGAUCAGCGUCCAGGCCCGCAAGGACAGCAACUUCACUGCUCUCGACGGCUGCACCUUUGGUCAGAGUGGCGACACCGUCGGCGCCGGUGAGGAUGCUUGCCUCGACCGCUGGAACAAGCCUAUUCUCGGCGACCGUGGCAUCUACUCGUCUUCUGGUCUCGCCGCCACCAUGUUCUACAAGUCGUCCACCUCGCCCGACAACUGGGACAUCUUUGCCUUUGGCGGCCCGGUCAACUUCCGCGGCUACUUCCCUGGCUAUGCCGUCAACGCCACCCGCGAGCACGACAUCUUCACCUGGGCCAUCCUCAAGGCUCACCCCCGCAACCAAGCCGGCGGCGUCACUCUCCGCUCCGCCGACCCUCUUGAUGUCCCGGACAUUCACUUCAACUACUACGACACUGGCUCCAGCGCCGCCGACUCGGACGCUGACCUGACUGCCAUGACCGAGGCCGUCAAGCUUACCCGCGACGCCUUCAAGCGCCAGCUCGUGCCCACCACCGAGGUCCUGCCUGGCAGCGACGUCGUCUCGGACGAGGAUAUCAAGACUUACAUCAAGGACGCCACCUGGGGCCACCACGCCUCGUCCACCUGCCCCAUCGGUGCCGACAGCGACCCCAUGGCCGUGCUCGACUCGAGCUUCCGCGUCCGCGGCGUCGCUGGCCUCCGUGUCGUCGACGCCUCCGUCUACCCUCGCAUCCCCGGUACAUUCACUGCCGUCUCGACCUACAUGGUCGGCGAGAAGGCUGCUGAUGUUAUCCUCUCCCAGCUCGAGUAAAAAGCAUCAGCUCUCAUAUUUCGGUUGAAAGAGAAGGAAGCAAAAAGAUCAAGCGGGAGAUGGGAAAAGUCUCCGCCUCUAGAUACCCAUGCUAUUACGCUCAGUCUGUCAAACGUUGAUAGCGACGUGCCAGGCACUAAUCAACAAAAGCCUACACGUCAAUUUGUGGCAAGUGCAGUAUUUCUUGCAUUGUCUGCGCGAACUAAUUCCAGUUUCCCCAGCGCUGUACCGUGCUAUGCUGGC